AGACAGUCUGUCGUGCUUGAGAAGAGACAGUCGUAUGUUACACAGGUGAGGGCUCGGAACGUCGAGCAACUUGUUUGGUUUGUUUACCACUGACCCCACUCCUUAAAGUAUGGCCGUGCUCGUAUCAACAGUUACGGCGUUCCUCAUUGCCGCUUUAAUAGGCUGGGCUCUCUCGCUUCUUAGGAGGGAAAAAGAAGGAAGGGUUGCUUUAAAUACAGCUUUGCAAGAGAGGGAAGCAUUUAGAAGUCGGCUAGAAGAGUUAGAGGUUGAGAACAAGACCUUACGUGAGGAUAAAGAGGAGAGUGACAGGUGUAGUUGGGAACAGGUUCAAUGUUUGCAGGACAAACUGGAGGAAACGGAGCGCAGAGCGGCGCAGUAUGGCAGGGAGCUGGACGGCAUGGCCGCUCUGUCGGACGAGCUGGCGGUCUUGAAAAGUCAACACCGGCAGCUACAGGGCAGGGUUACAAAGCAGGGGAGAGGCGUGUCGGCGUUCCGCGGGAUCGGCCGCGUGGUCACAUGCGACCUGCUGCGAGACAAGGCCGGUCUGGCCGAGAGAGUGAAAGAACUGUCGCGAGCAGUCGCCGAAAGGGAGGAAGAGCUCGGUAACGUUCGGGAGGAGGUCGGGAAGUUUCGUGCCACGGAGGUGGAACGUCGGCGCCUCCUCGAAGAAGAGAUAUCCGACUUUCAAGACAAGCUAGACACGAUGUUUAGAGACAAGAAACGUCUCGAAACUCAAGUCCAACGUCUUAAAUUCGAACUAGAUGAAGCCAAGACGAGCGAGCAAGACUUGGAAAGCCAAGCGGAGAGCCUGAGACGAGAACUGACGAAGGAAAAACAGCAGAGCACGGAAGAAAUCCACUCGCGUCUGAAGGAAGCGAACGACUCGAACGAGCGGCUGACGAACUACUGCCUGCACCUGAAGCGGCGCAUCGGGCGUCUGAACGACCGGGCGAAACAGGCGGAGCAACAGCACAGGGAGUCGGCUCAACGUUGCGACGAACUGUACCGGUCUUCCCUCAGUCUCCAAUCCCACGUGGAGGCUCACAACAGCGACGCAGCGAGGGUGGAAGAGCUACAAGCAGAAAACGAGCGUCUAGCGGAUGAGGUGGAAAAAGCGAUGGAGUGGCGGCUGUGUUCGUUGUGUGGGGUGAACGAGCGGGCGGUGGUCACCUUACCGUGUUGUCAUUUCGCGAUGUGCCGGCAGUGCCACGGCAAGCUGCCAGGGGGCUCUGCUCUCACGCGCCAACAGUGCCCGUACUGCAAGCGCGGCAUCAAGAAGACACUAGACGUGUACGUAGUUUAGAAACUGACACUUGUCACUUAG